AAUGACGCGUCAAAUAAUUUCAUACAUUAAAAUAACAUUUCUAUUUAUAACUGUACUUCUCACCUUCUUCGCUAAUAGCAUUUAUUCAGCUCGCACGAUAAAACUAGAUGACAAUUCAUCAGGUGUACCAUUGUAUCCAGUUGAUACAGUAACUUUUCAGAAAUCUUCAAUAUUAACCACUCGUUUAACAACCAAUUGUCCUCAAGGAGGAGGUCCGAAUUCAUUGAACUUGUUCUCGUUGAGAUCAUUGUACCCUAAUGGAACUAUACAAAGUUCAACUGUAUUUUAUAGUGAUUCGUUUUCAGUAUAUAAUUUUUGUCCUCUUGAUAGAAUAAGUUUAUUUGCUUUACCUGAUAACAUUCUGUUUAUAAGUUAUUUGAGGGAGGAAGCCAUCAAUCAAGUAAGAUUUAUGGGUAUGACUACAACGUUAGAUGGAACAAUAAUUGAACCUGAAGUGGAAUUGAGCGACAUAAUGAGUUUGGAUAUAAAGAGUAUAUCAUCAUUUCCAUAUUUAUCAAAAAUAACAAUUAAGACAAACCAAGCAAACUCUGAUACGGAAAGUGGGGCAUUAUUAUUUACAAUAACAUAUAAUAAUCUUAGUAUAAAUUGGAGAAAAUUUGAUUGGGAUCAUAUAGGAAGGAGAUUGUCUAAUAUGUCAGAGGGGGUUAUUACGCCUGUGGUGCCAUCAUCAGAACAGUAUAGAAUAGUUUCAUUUCAAACAUUUGGAACAUUAGAUGGUGGAUUUGGAUUAGCAUAUUCCAUUCACUCAAUAGAUUCUCAACCAGAGAGUACACCAACAUCAAUCUCCUCACAUUCACAGGUCUACAUCACAUUCCUCCAUGAAUCAGCACUUACUUGGACACCACCAACAGUAAUUUAUGAAACAUUAUUAGCUAAUGCAAAUAUAACCAUAAAAUUAUGCACUUCUUCAAUAGAUACAUCAUCAGCAGGUUAUACAUGUUUUAUUAUUGUAACAUGGCAAUUGCAACCGCAAUUGCAAUAUUUUUGGAGAAUUAUAAAUUUUUUAAGCGUAGGAUCUAUACUAUCUUAUAAAGAAUUAUCUAAUUAUGAAAUUAGAUUUGAAACAAAUAGAAAUGUCGCUAUUAUUUACAAUGAUGUACUUCCACUAACUCAUUAUGGAUUUUGUAUGAUUGGUGUCAGACAAGAUAACUCAAAUUUGCAAGGGAGUUUGUAUAACAUUACGGAAGGGGCGGUUGUUAAAGGAGAUGAUUGGGGAAUUCCGCAAAUAUUGAGAGCAAAAUAUGAUGUAUUAAAUAAUAAUACAAUAUGGACUGCUGUACCAGGAGAAGAUAAUUUGGGUACAUUUUGGUACAUUAUAAGUAAUGAUAUACAUAAAAAUGAAGUCAAUAAUGGAGAUGGAUAUGAAAAUAAACAAAUAUCGAGUACUGUGCCACCAAUUAACGCAACGAUACCAACAGACACAAAAAACAUUAUAAUAAAAUAUAAAAAUCCAGUAAUAUUAUCAACAGGAUUCAUAUCAGUAUACCAAUCUGCUCUUAAUUCUACAACAAUUAAUACCGAUUUAUUAAGACAAACAUUUUCAGCAUUAUCACCUCAAUAUGUACAAUAUGUUAACGAUACAAAUAAUACAGAAGUAGAAGUAAUAAUAUUAUCAUCAACGUUUAAUCAAUUAAAUUCUAAUUAUUAUAUUAUAGUUGAUGAUAAUUUUGUUAGGAGUCAAGAUUUUAAUGAACCUUUAAUGGGUAUUGAAAGUGGUGUUUGGACGGUUAAAACUGGUUUGCCAGAAGAGCAAAAAUUUACGGAUGAUAAGAAUGUAUUGUUACGGUUGAAUGCGACGGGAACACGAUUAUUUCAAGAAUUGACAUCGUUAGAAAGGGAUGGGUUUUUUGAUAAUUUAUUGCUUUCGUUUUCACAAUCGAUCCCAGUACCAUUGGAAAGAUUACGUACAUCAAAACGAUAUCAAUUUGAAGGCAUAAGAGAUGAUUUACCGAUAUUAAUAAAAAUUCAAUUAAAAGCCACUAGAAAUAAAGAAGACAUGAAUACCGAACAAAUUCUUAAUAAUAUUGAUACUUUAGUUAGAAAUAAAUUUGUUACUAAAUUAAAUGGUCCUAGAAAUGCUACUAGUUUUUUAGAUUCUAGUUAUGGUGCGAAGGAAAUAGUAAGUGUGUGGCCUGCAUAUAGAUAUGAAAUAGCGGGAAUCAUUUGUGCUAUAUUUGUACUAUUUGUGCUGGUAUUCCUAGCUCACAAUAUUAAUCCUACGGAUCCUAAGAAUGGUAUACCUAGUAUGUCACUAUUCAAAUUUGUUGUGAUAUUUGUAGAUUUUAUUAUGGAUAUAAUCUUUUUAUUUUAUAAUGGUCGUGAUGUACAAACAUUAUAUUUACCAAGCAUUAUUUUAUUAUUAGCACCUUUAUCAAUAAAUUUUUUUAUAACAAUGUUCAUAUUUUUGAGAGAAUAUUAUAGUAACCCUUUAUUUGCUAAUUUUGCACGUGAGAAUUCAUUUUCGACAACAAUACUUCUUGUACUUGGUUAUAUUGAUUUAGUAUCACUGGAAUUAUUAAGUUCUAAUUUGGCAAAUUUUCAAAAAUUAAGUGCACCUUUUGAUGAUUUAGCCGAUAGAACCAUUUAUUUGGGUAGUUUGGCUAUCUUACUAGUGGAAGAUUUACCUCAAUUAGUGAUCCAAAUACUCUAUUUAAAAUUAGUAAUAGAUUAUAAAUUUGUGCCAUUAUUAACAUUAAUAACCUGUUCAUUAAUAAUAACAACUAAUAUAAUCGGUAGAUCAUAUGAUUGUUAUAGAAGUAUACGUGAUCAUUAUUCUUCUGAUUCGACAGAUGAUGAUUAUCAGGGCCAUAGUAGUAGGGGAAGCUAUUUAAUUGGAGUCAACGAAAUUUUUAAUAAAUGGUGGGAUAUUGGCAGUGGUAAAGAAAAAGGAAAAGGGAAGAAUAAAGAGGAACAGGAUGUUACUGAAGGAAGUGGAGUGGGUGGUAACUAUAUUGAGCCGAGUGGUACUAAUUUUGAUACUCAACCUGUUACGGCAGGUCCUAGCGGAAAUAAUAUUUCUUGGCAGGGCUGAUUGAACCUGGUUGACUUUAAAAAGUAAUGCAAUGAAAGAAUGUGAUGAAAGAAUAAGCUUUUUGGUUUUCUUAUUUGUAUAUAUAUUAUAAGAUGUAUGUAAUAUAUGUAUUUAAAUUAUUUAUUAAAAUUUACCUAAAAUAUAUGUUCUGAUAGCAAUUCAGUGAUGGAAAUUGGAUUCGCGCA